AUGCGCGGGGAUGACUCACCGCAUCCUCCCCGUAACCCCUCACCCCUCACUCAUGCCCGUAACCCCUCACUCAUCCCCGUAACCCCGUAUGCACCGCGACCAUGCUCUCCCCCCAAACCCAAACCCACUCCGCCUCUGCCUCUCCGGGUCUUUACCUUCGCGACAUGGAUGAGCGGUCUCAGCAGCGACAGCAGUGGUCAAGGCAUCCCGGGAAGAGUGCUGGGUGGACGGGGGAGCUGGAGGUGGUGUCGGUGUUCGGUGUUCUGCGGGAGACAGGUCCAGUGCGCGGGGAGGACUGGAGUGAUGCGGCCGUGA